CCGUCUCUUCAACAACGCUGCAGCGCCGCAAGCGCCCACCGAGAUUUCCCUCAAACAAACCCACCAAAACUCGGAUUUUACCCCCUGACAAACUUCCCGCAAGGCUGCCGCGCGUUUCCAGUCAAGUCUACCUGCAGGUUGAGAUGUUUCGGAAAAGAAUAAGGAGCAAUUGAGGGAAAAGCCACAUUGGAUGAAUACAAUGAGAUCCAAUAGAGAAGCUGCUGUUUCCCCCGGCUGUCACACGGACCUGUGAGCAACGAUGACCCGUCUGCAACACCCACUGAGGGGCACCCCUCCACUGACGUGGGACUGUUUCCUCACAUAGAAUGGCUUGACCGCAGCACAAAAUGGCUUCAGCUCAUCUUCUUUACCACACAACUGAGCAAAUUUUGGAGUUCAGGUGAGGCUGUGUCCCGCACCAAUACCCACGGGACACCUAACGUGAAGAGCAUACUCAUCAGCUUUGAUGAUUUAGCAUCAAUAUCCACCUUGCUGACAAGGUCGUAUCAUGGCUGCUGCACAUCCCCAUAGCAACGUCUCCUAGGAGAGGAGGAGCAGGCUGAGAGUCAACAAUGCAGCGCAACGGCGGUGGCGGCGGCGCCAGCGGACAUCAAUGGGUGUUGCGGCGAGUGCGCCUCACCUGGCUCAGUUUCAUGCUCUUCUUCAUCCUGGUUUUCUUCCCACUAAUUGCCCACUACUACCUCACCACCAUCGAUGAAGCCGGCGGGAACGAAAAGCGGAUGUUUGGGCCCCGACCUGGAGGGGAGCUGUGCGAGGCCAAACAUGUGCAAGACUUGUGCCGCAUCCGCGAGUCGGUCAGCGAAGAACUGCUUCAGCUGGAAGCCAAGAGGCAGGAGCUUAACGGCGAAAUCUCGCGGCUCAACUUGCGCAUCGAGGUCUGCAAGCGCAGCAUCGACAGUGCCAAGCAGGACCUGCUGCAGCUGAAGAAUGUCAUUAGCCAGACGGAGCAUUCGUAUAAAGAGCUGAUGGCUCAAAACCAACCGAAACUCUCUUUGCCUGUCAGGUUGCUGCCAGAUAAGGAGGAUCCAGGACUUCCUCCGCCCAAAUCUGCGCGCUCCUGUCGGCUGAGUAACUGCUUUGAUUAUGCCCGCUGCCCUCUGACAUCAGGGUUUCCAGUUUACGUUUACGACACUGGCUUAUACCCAUGGGGGGAACUCAUCGACCCUCUGGUUCGGCAGGCCUUUGCAGCCUCAGUAAAAAGCAACAUUUAUGUAACCGACAACCCCAGUAUUGCCUGUCUGUAUUUAGUGCUGGUUGGUGAGCUGCAGGAGUCCCCGUCCUCUCCACCUCCCUCUCCACAGGAUCUAGAGAAACAGCUGAAAGCACUUCCAUACUGGAGAUCAGAUGGACACAAUCACAUACUGGUGCAUCUCUCAAGAAAAUCCAUGACACAGAACUUCCUGUAUAAUGUGAGCACUGGACGGGCCGCAGUUGCCCAGUCCACAUUCCUGGAAUUGCAGUACAGAGAGGACUUUGACUUGGUUGUCUCCCCGCUGGUUCAUGCCCUCUCUGAGCCAAACUUUUUGGAAGUUCCUCCACAGGUGCCUGUGAAGAGGAAGUACCUCUUCACCUUCCAGGGCGAGAGGGUGGAGUCAUUGAGAAGCAGCCUCCAGGAGAGUCCGCCUCAGUCGUUCGAAGAGGAGAUGGAAGGAGAUCCACCUGCCGACUUUGACGAUCGAAUCAUUGGUACUUUGAAAGCUGUGCAGGACAGCCACCUGGAUCAGGUGCUGGUGGAGUUCACCUGCAAGAACCCAAGGGCCAGUUUGCCAACGGAGUGGUCUCUGUGUGGAGAGAGGGAAGAGAGGCUGGAGGUGCUGAAGGCAUCAACGUUUGCCUUGGUCAUCGCUCCUGGAGACGGACAGCUGGUGGCCUCAGCUGGCUGUGGGAUGAGACUUUUCGAAGCACUGGAGGUUGGUGCAAUACCCGUUGUAUUGGGGGAUCACUCCAAACUGCCGUACCACCAGUUAAUCCGGUGGACUGAGGCUGCAAUUUUAGUGCCCAAACCUCGCGUUACAGAGUUGCACUUUCUGCUGCGCAGUCUAUCAGACAAUGACUUGCUUGCAAUGAGGCGGCAGGGCCGCUUUCUUUGGGAGACCUACUUCUCCACCUCAGAGAGUGUCUUCAGCACCAUCCUCGCCAGCAUACGGACCCGCAUCCAGCUGCCUGCUGCCCCCAUCAAAGAUGAGCCAGCGCAGGAGAUCCCUCACAAAGCAGGAAAGCUGGCUGGAACUGAUGCGAACCUGGCCGAUAACGGGGAUCUUGAUCUGGGUCCUGUUGAGACCGAGCCACCGUACGCCUCGCCGCGCUUUCUCCGAAACUUCACGUACACAGCAUCGGACACCUACAGGACAUGGAACAAAGCUCCGGGACCUUUCCACCUGUUUCCCCACACUCCACUUGACCCGGUCUUGCCCUCUGAGGCCAAGUUCCUUGGCUCUGGUACUGGGUUCAGGCCGAUCGGUGGAGGCACAGGUGGCUCAGGUAAGGAGUUCCAAGCAGCCUUGGGGGGCAACGUCCCCAGAGAACAGUUCACCGUGGUCAUGCUGACGUACGAGAGGGAGGAGGUGCUGAUGAACUCCCUGGAGAGGUUGAAUGGUCUACCGUACCUCAACAAGGUGGUAGUGGUGUGGAACUCUCCGAAGCCUCCAUCUGAUGACCUGCUGUGGCCCGACAUCGGCCUUCCCAUCGUGGUGGUCCGCACUGAGAAGAACAGUCUCAACAACCGCUUCCUGCCCUGGGACGUGGUGGAGACGGAGGCCAUCCUGUCAAUCGACGACGACGCUCACCUUCGUCACGAUGAGAUCAUGUUCGGAUUCAGAGUGUGGCGAGAAGCCCGGGAUCGCAUUGUGGGGUUCCCUGGCCGGUACCACGCCUGGGACCUCAACCAUCAGUCCUGGCUCUACAACUCCAACUACUCGUGUGAGCUGUCCAUGGUGCUGACCGGAGCUGCGUUCUUUCACAAGUACUACGCCUACCUGUACUCAUACGUGAUGCCGCAGGCCAUCAGGGACAUGGUGGACGAGUACAUCAACUGCGAGGACAUCGCCAUGAACUUCCUAGUGUCUCACAUCACCCGGAAACCGCCCAUCAAGGUGACCUCUCGCUGGACCUUCCGCUGCCCCGGCUGCCCGCAGGCGCUGUCCCACGACGACUCCCACUUCCACGAGCGGCACAAGUGCAUCAACUUCUUCGUGAAGGUCUACGGGUACAUGCCGUUGCUCUACACGCAGUUCCGCGUGGACUCGGUGCUGUUCAAGACACGGCUGCCCCACGACAAGACCAAGUGCUUCAAGUUCAUCUGAGUGGGACGUGACGGAUAUUCCCGCCAGGUGUGGAGCUGCCAGCAGAGGUCCUGCUCUCCCCCACCUGCAACCACUACGGCUGCGUCGGUAGCUUCUGCACAGUCACAAAACUUGUACAGAGAAGCAUCAGUCGCCCUUUUCGUCUUCUUCAGCUACAAACUCUCGUCCAGGAGAGCAGCACUGAUGGUCCGAAAUGUUUUAUUGACUUUUUUAAUCGUGUUGUUGAACUCUGUAAAUCUGUCGAGACAAAUGUUUCAGAUGUGGCAGUGAUGGCAGUCUGCGGCCGGAUCGACACGCUGGAGGGCUUUAUGUGGUCAGAUUUCAUGGAGGACAGAUAAGAGCAGCCAACACCCACUUUUCUGAUGAAGAUCGGUGAGCAAAAACAAUGCGUGUUUUCAAAGAAGUAUUUCAGAUUUCAGGCAGUUAAGGGAAAAAGAAAACACAUUUUCAUGAUUCAUCUUAAGUUGAUAGCAUUGACUCCUACAAUAUUUGUUGGCAUCAGAAAAACCAUAUUAUGAGUAAGAUAAAAAAUAAAAUCUCGAUAUUAGAAAUGUGAUUUUAUUGCCAUUGAUUUAUUUGAAAUUUAAAAAUUGCAUUACAAGGACAAAACCAGAAAACAAAUUUCUGUUUAAAAAAUAUUUUCAAAGAGAAUUCUGGCCAGGAAUAGAGUUGUUUGUUAGUUUGCGAGAUCCGAGAUCCUAUUUCUAAAUAAACCAGCAAUGGCAGUCUCGGUUCUGUCGGCCCUCCAGCGUGUUCGUCCUCUUGUCAUCCGGGUCGUGUUUCAGACUUGGGUUCAGCGUCACCGAAAUGCCUCGAUGUGAAAACCUGCCACCAUUUUCUUUCCCCCUCCCCUGCCACAGUCUCGCUGCCAAAAACAGAUUUUAGAGCGUCGGGCCGUCGAGGAGGACGCGUUUCUGUUCUGGACUUUUCCACGCGGACGGAAACUUUACGCUGUCGCCAUAUUGGCUCCACUUUAAUUUUUCUUACGGUGAUGAAUGUUUUCUUUGCCAAAUCGGUACGAUGAUGUCGGGUCAGGACCCGAGGUCCUGAGGUCGCCUGGUCCUGGUCCAGCUCUCGUGGUCCUCCAUCCGUCACGUGCUACUUUUUAACGCAACAACCCCCUUUUUUAUUUGAACCCCCUUUUCUUCAGAAGCGUGCUGCGUUCACUCCAGUCGGAAAUCUGAGUUUAAGUCUUAUAUUGUUAAUCCGUUUUUGUUAAAACAGAUUUUUAAUUUGAGUUCAAACUAUUCUUUUUUAAUACAUUUCUUUUAAAGAUUUUUCCCCACAAAAUUAUUUUAUUACUUUUUUUAGUUGAUGCUCAGACUGUGACAUAUUUUUAAAUUAUUCAACAGUCAAUUAAAACACAUUUAAUUGGCUAAAAAAAUGUAGAUUUUUGUUUUUCUGUCACUUCAUGAUUCAUUUUUUUCCCCAAAAUGAAGCCUCAUUCUAGUGUGAAAGAAAGAAAUACUUUUGAAAACACAUUUGGGAAAAUGGUCGUCCAAACAAAAAAUAUUUUUUUCAUUUUGUUAACUUUAUUGAAACUCCUUAAGAAUAUAUAUAUAUAUAUAAAACCCACCUUUUGUUUUUAACCAAUUCCAGGCUCAUUUUCAGAAAAUGUGAAAUUGUACUUGGAAACUCGGCCGUUCCGCUCUGGGGUGGCGUCGACGCCCUUCUGUGACCAACCACCACGCGAGUCGCUCCUUCUGUAUAUUUAUUGAAAAUAUUGUUGAAAAACAUUUUUAUAUGAACAUGCAAUAAAAAGUGCUCAGUCGGGGGGAGGGGGGUCGCGUCCCGGAAAACCAGCCCACUCAGCAGGGGAGGGGCUUGCCACGUCAAUUAGGGGGCGCUGGAGCGUCCUCCGCUUUGAAGACCUGGUUGCUGACCUUUGACCUCCACAGAUUAAUCUGGAUCCCCUUAAACACAGCGCUGAUUCAUGACAGAAAUUCUUGAUUGGACCCGAUGAGCUGGCAGCGCAGCCAGAGCUGGGAGAUCAGGUGGUGUUUGUCUGGACCCCCCCCACCACCCCUCCAUCAUCCUGCACCCUCCGCCCUGCUCUGCUCUGUGGCUGGUUUUCCCAGACUUGAGUUAGGAAUUCUCCCCCCAAUGACUAUGUGAAACCAUGAGUCAGCGUUUAGCCCCUUGCAUUGAAUGAUGACUCGGCAGAAACUCCAGCAUUGGAAAAUAAAAACAAGAAAACAAUGGUUGUUUAUAAAGUUG